AUGGAACCAAACCCGUGCGAUUGGGGGGAGGGAGUCAAUGCCGUCCUCUUCAGGAACGACAAGUUCGGGACCGGUAUCGACAACGAGCUGACCGAGGGCUCCUACCCCAAGAGUGGCCACAACCGCAAGAUGCAGUUCUGGAUGAUCAUCGCGCGCCGGAGUAGCGAGGGAGUGAGCAGCUACACGGGCUAUGCCUAUGCGCUGGGUUUGAUCUCAUCCGUCAUCAUCGGGUUCGUGUGGCUGACCGUCGGACUAGUCCGCCCGCAGGCCUCCAACACCUACCGGACUCAUCACCUGCGCCUCGCCGAGCGAAGUCUCCCGUGCACGGUCAAGAGCCAGAUGCAGGGGCGCUCGUCGAACGUCGUGGUGACCAACGUGACCUGA